AUGAAGGUUCUCAUCGCGACGAUGCCCUUCGCGGGACACAUCCAUCCCAUGCAGCCAAUCGCUCUCGCCCUGAUCCGCCGCGGACACACCGUGGCUUGGCUCACAUCUGCAUCUCACGAAUACCUCGUCCGCCCGACCGGCGCAACCUUCAUCCCCUCUCCUCCAGCUCUCGCUCGCCAUGACGAACGUGUAUUGGUGCCCGAUGCGGGAACGUCGGGCCUCGCAGCUGUGGUGUCGACUCUGCGAAAGCUCUUUCUCGAUCGCAUUCCGGAUCAAGUUGCUGCCUACCGGGAGGUUUUAUCGACCUUCCCGGCAGAUGUCAUCUUGGUUGAUCUCACGGCAUACGGCACGCACGGCUUCCGCGAACUUACCGGGACUCCAUACGCGACGUUGGGGAUCAACCCGCUUGUCACGUUUGACCCAGAGGUCCCGCCCUGGGGCACCGGGUGGCAACCACCUUCAACGAUCUUCGGGCGGUGGGUGAAUUCGGUAGCUCACAAAGUAGCAACUUGGCUAUUGUAUCCCAAGCUCACGGCAAUCUUGAACACCCAUCGGGCGGAACUUGGUCUUCCUCCCCUUCCGCCGACGGGAUUCUAUGACACGACAAGGUCUGAUGUCCUGCACAUUAUGCCAACAACGCCUGCCUUCGAGUUCCCUCGCGACUUUCAUCCAUCCAUCAAAUGGGUCGGACCACUACUUCCCCUAUUCAACGAAGAAUCAUUCACUUCGCCGCCGAUCUGGUGGAAUGAGAUGCUGGCUCAUCCGAGAGAGAAGGUUGUCCAUGUCACGCAAGGGACCUGGGCAACUACCGCAACGAACCUCAUCCUCCCAACGCUCGCGGCGCUACGAGACCGUUCGGAUCUGCUAGUCAUCGCUACCACGCCCGACGCGGAAAAGACCUUGCCGGUGUCGUCGUUACCGAGGAACGCGCGGGUGGCAUCAUUCAUCCCACACGCAAAACUUCUGCCACAUGUUGGCGUGAUGGUCACAAACGCAGGCUACAACGGCGUGCUAGUAGCCUUGACUUGUGCAGUCCCGUUAGUCUGCGCCGGCCGGACUGAGGAUAAGGCCGAUGUCAGUUCUCGGGUUGCGUGGAGCGGGGCUGGGAUAGAUCUAGGUACAGAUACGCCGAGCAUGAAAGCUAUCAGGGAUGCGGUGGCCAAGGUCAUUCGAGAUGAGAGAUACCGCAAGGCCGCUGAGAUAAUUCGGGCUGAUUUCGAAAAGCAUGAUGGUCCGAAGCAGGCCGUUGACGCUCUGGAAGAAAUUGUUGAGCGCUGUCAAAAAUAA